UUUUUAAACCUCAAUUCAAUCUCUUUCCCUCAUCUUGCAAAAACCCUAAAACGAAAGUCCGCCGCCGCCGUCUUCCUUCCUUCUUCUCGAAUAUCGAUCUCGUCCCCGUCCGGCGAAUGGAACUGGAACUUUUGUACCGAUUCUCGUCCGCGGUCUGUCGUUCUGUCCAGCUUCGACAGUGACGACCGGCGACUGCAACUCUUGGCUGAGUUGGCUCUUCGAUUAGCGACCGGCGGCGUCCAUCCAGCUUCUCUCUCUGUAUGUAUUUAUUUCAGUUUCAGCAUCACAAUGGACCUAAAACUUUGAUAUAUUUUUUCGUUUCUUUAGAUAGAUUUCGGUGUUUUUAUGAAGUUUUUGCCAGUGUUGUUGUGCUGGUAGGCAUAUGAAUUUGUAUCAGUGUGGGCGGAUUCUGAUGUUCUGUCGCUUCUUGUAACCCUAAGUUAUGGUGCUGACUUUGAUGCUUCAGCAGUUUGGGUAUUACCAAGGACAGUAGGGAUCUAGUUUUAGCUUGGAGGGAUUAUAGGGUUAGAAGGUGAUAGAAGCAAGCUUUGAUUUUGGUUUCAAAUGUCCUGUUGUGGUCAAUUUGGCAAGAAAAAUAAGUUUGUCCGAGUGAAAUAUUAUUUGUCUUGCAUGGUUGAUUAGUUGGAAGUAACUGGAUCAGUCCAUUUUAUGGGUUUUAUUUUACCCGUUUGGCAGAUGUUUAAAACAUGACUAUUUUCAUUUCAGAAGAAAAGAAAAUGCAAGGGUGAUCCAAAAAUCUUUCUUCUUAAUUUCUUUUGCCAAGUUCAAAAAUACUCAACUUAAGCUUCCCAUAGUUAGAGUGCUCUGAUCAGUAUUGCUUUAUAAAUCUAGAUUAAAGAUAGCAUUUAUGGUGCAGUAUCUUGCGUGUUUGUUACAUGUUAGUUGAACUUGUCUUGAUAUUGAAUUGUUGUCGCUAUUGGUGGUAUGCGUUGCAUUUACGCUGUUGUCAUUAUUGGUGAGUUGGUAUCAUUCAGAAUAGGCUGUCGACUGAGAUUCUAUUAUGUGCAUCAAGAAAGAUCUAAUCGUUUAUGCUUUUAGCAAAAUUUAACUCAUGUCUGUGCUUUGAAAAAUAAUAGUGCACUACAAAAAGAAAGGGAAAGAUCCCAAAAGGAUCAAACUAUUUAUGGUCCUAAGUAUCAACUACGUGGAAAAACAAAAGGCACAGGGUUGUGAUGUUUAAUGUAUGCAAUCUUUGCCUAUCACAUUUUCUUUGCUUUUUGGUCUCUAGAAUUGAACAUUGAAUCAAAACCCCUGGCAACCAUGGUCACCCAUGCCUUAAGUUUUUUCUGGUAGCUAAAUUUUCUGAAGUUUGUAAUGUUAUGUUAGUUUUUCUUUUCAUCUCGCAAUUUUAGAUUGUAUGAAUCCUUUAUCUUGGUUAACAACCUUUUCCUUGCUUUUCACCAAAAGCCUUUUUCUUUUAUCCUAUUUGUUCCUUUGAGACCAUGGUCCUUGCAUUUUUUUUCUAUUAGCAUUUGACUAGUGAUUCUCAUUAUAGUGUGUGCAAUGCCUCGCCUCUCUAGAAUGUUAUUGGGUUAUUUAUUUAAGUGAUUUUCUUUUAUUUUUUUAAAUUAAGAAUCACGUAUAACCCACCAAGAGUUUGACCUUAUCUUAAUUAGGAUCAACCUGAAACCACAUGAUAAUUAAUUAUAAUCUUGGUUAUUCUUAUUUACUUGUCAUUAACCUCACGUAGACCUAACUAAAGUUAAUUAACCCAACCAAGGUUAACUUGAUGAAAUUUGGGUUAAUCUGAGCCACCCAUGGUUAAGCUAAUUCACGUCAACCUAUUUUUCUUAUUUUAUAAUAAAUCGUGCUUUCCUCUAAUUUACAGAUCUCUACUACUAUUGGCAAAAAAGAAAAUUUACAUAACCAACCAAAUAUCAAUAGAAGUACAAUAUCUUUUGCCUAAGUGUAUUAUAUAUCUAAGACUAAAAAAUCUUUAGACCAUUAAAGAUCCUUGCAUAUGUAUAUGGCAACAGAUUUAGCUCCCUACAAUCAUUUGCAUCAACGAUUAUGCAAAAACAGCACUAACUGCUCAACUCAUACGAGCCUGCUAGUGCUAAGUAAGUUAUAUAAAUACCAUGAUGCUUCGAAUGUAGCAUGUUAAAUUAGGAUAACAUACAGUCUUAAAGUCUUCAAUCCAGGCCUCUUAAUGCUCCAUCUGCGUGUGUGUGGUAAUGAUAACCACAUGAGCUGUGGACAAUAAGACAUGCAUGUUAUGCAACACACAACAUAUGAUAUGACCCAUGUGCAUGUGAGAAACACUAUCAUAAAUGCUGUCAUGCAUUUUCACAAAUAUAGUAGCUAGCAUAUAAUCUUUAUACAGCAAUAAACAGUGUAACUAUAAAAUUGUGGUGCAAUGAGACAACAUCUAAUGCGUGCAUAUAACAACCAUUACAUGCAUUAUCUUCCCCAUUCCAUGGUCUCAACUGAUUUUUUUUUUUGUCAAAAGUAAUUUCUAUCAAGCUCUUUCCUUCAACUCCGUCAUUACUCUCCUCACCUUGAAAUGGAAAACUGACACAAGACAUCUCCUAAAUAUUAACACUAAUGCCCUUUUCUAAAUUCUCUGUUUAAAUAUAUAUAUAUGUGUGCAUGUAUAUAUAUAUAUAUAAAAUAGUUAGCAUUCAAAUAACGAAAGACUGAAACAUAAUUACCAUAAUAAAGGUUUGUUGCUGAUGUAAAGACUAAUUUUCUAUGCAACUGCAUACUCACUUAUAUUUCUAUUAUGAUAGGAACCCUGAUAGAAAUCCAAACAACAAUCAAAUAUCAAUAGCUAUCAAUACUUUUCAGCAAGAAAACAAGAACAAUCCAGGGCAUUCGAGAGGCCCUUACUCUCCCAAUUCUUCUAUCAAAAACCAGCUACCCUCUCCCUCUUCUUCUCAGCUAUUUAUACCUCUCCUCUGCCCCCUUUCUAACCGAAUUCCCUUAUACAUGCAGAUUAUCCCCUCAGCAUGUGGAUUACAAAACUACCCCCCAUGCACACAUGCUGGUUGUAACAACCUGCAUGUGUUAAUUCCCUAUUCUAACCUUCAUGCAUGCUGCUGUGUUUGUGGCGUCUUUGGUAGGUCCGGUACACCGGUGGCCUAUAAUAUUAUUAGCUCCUUCAGCUCUCAAUUCAAAUAUAAUAUGCAUGGAAUUUCCAAGUGAGCUUUUCAUCCCUCAGUCCAAUAUAAUAUCCAAGAUCAUGUGUUGAUGGCAAUUGGAAGUGAUUCAAUUCAAUAUAAUAUCCAAAAGAAACUCCAAAGAAAUAAUAUCCCACUCAAUAUAAUAUUAAAGGAAAUUCUAAACCAAUUCAUAAUUCAAUAUAAUAUUCAAGAAAAUUCUUGACCAACAGAGUGAGAAUUCUUACUUUCUCAGAUUUUUCUUCUACUUGCUUUGUCCCACCCCUUAGCUUUCCUUUGUUUUUGAUUUUGCUCAAUUGAGUGGCCCACUGUGUAUAUAUACAUAUAUAUAAUCUUUGCCUACCAGCAUCCCAUUUCAUCCAUCACACCACAUUAGCUCAUUUCUAUAGUAUGGCCCAGUUCCUCUGCAGGAAAAUGGAGAAAUUUCUUCAUAGAGCUCUCUAACGCCAUGGACAGAACAUUUCCUUUUGUAGCAGGUGAUUAGGAUUCUAUCCUGCUAUUAUUUCCCAAUUCCCACAGUCCUCCAUUCUCAGCAAGCACCUUCAUCUCUCUCAUCACCAACAAUUCACGCAGCCCCCCCCCCCCCCCCCUCCCCCCCCCCCCUUCCCUGGAACCCAUAUCUAGUAACUUCAACUGCUCAUCUCUUUCCUAUUUUCUUCCUGCUCCCUCAAAGGUUUCCUCUAGUUUUAUUAUUUUUUUCCCCUUUCUCAUAAUGAUAGGGUCUUCCUGAAACUUCUGGUCCAGCUAGUUUGCCAACUUUUAUGGAAUUCAAACAAACUAAUAGUGCAGCGGAGCACUGCCAUCUUGCACAUUCAGUUUACGAACAGAGGCUCCCUCGCUGUUCUGGUUUCUGAAAGGGUCCUCUUCAAUAAAGAUCACUCCCUGAACAGCAGCAUCCUCUGCUAGAAAUACCACUUUUCUGCUGGUCUUUGCUGCUGCAUCUUGACUCGUGUGUAGAUAUGCACCUAUAUAUAUACACACGUGCAAGCUAAACCAAGGUAGGGACUUAAGUGCACAAUUCUUUCUCUCUUUCUACAUGGCAAGACAUGCAAAUGAAAGGCCUUGCAUAUGGUGGAUGUAGCAGUUUAUGGCCACCCCAAGCUUUGGAGGUAAGGGCCACCCAACUUAAAAUUUGUGAGAGGAUAAAAACAGUAAAGGAUUGGUAUCAUCUCCAUCCAUGGACCAUGACAACAUCAGUGUCAUGACCCUGAGAGUAUUAUUGUAAUGAUAGUACUAUUGUAACUGUGGAGUGAAUAAGCCUAUUGUAUUAGGUGGUUACAACUUUACUUGAUUGUACCUAUUUAGUUUUGAUAUUUCAAACCGAGGGAAGUAGCCUAUAAAAGGCCAUGUGCAAGAGGAUGGGAAUCAUUAAUGAGAAUAUUGAUUCUUUCCCUCUAACUUCUUUUCCCUCUGUCUUUGUCUCUCUCCCUCUUUCAAAUUCUCCCUCCAAAUUCUACAUCCCUUCUAUAAUUCCAGAAUUGGCCGUCUCAGAUUCGAGGCUUGACAAUCAGUUAUCUUCAUUUAUGACCAUCACAUGAAACUUUUCCCUAUGAAAAUGGUGUUGGAACAUUAUCUCAUCAUUCCUUUGCUAGAGGGUUGCGUUGGGAAAGGCAUCCAAGUGUAAAACUUUUCCAUAUUGUUCUUUUGUAUGGAUUUGUAUUGUGACUGUUGUGUUUGCCUCGAGUUUGUUCAAUAGAAGAUCAGUAAAUACUAGAGAUGCAUCGGCUAGAAGAUUAGAUCAUUAGGCUUAAAAUACCAAGUGUAAUAUACUUAGUAUUUUGGGGGUCUAAUUGUAAUAUCCCAAUGAUAGUUGGUUACAUUGGGUGUCUGCCCUUUCUAUAAAUAAGAGGGCAUGGGAUGCAGUCGAGAGGCAACCUAAGGAGAGAGUUUCUAUUUCAUCUAUGAUCAAGUAUUGAUUUCAUUCUUAAGAAAGAAAGGCUGAGUGAUCAGAAUUUAGUCUCGUGUAUUCUUGAGAGAAGAAAUGUUUUGUACUCGGGGAUAUAGAUGAGGGUUAGAAACUGAUGUACUGAUCGGUUUAAUCUAAAUAAAGAUUGCUUUGUGUGGGUGUUGGAUUGUUGGAUGUAGGUUUGCUUAAGGGCAUUCCGAACUAGGAUAAAUCUCGUCUCUUGUUGGUUUGAUUUAUCUUUUUGUAAUUUCAUUUUUCAUUCUAUUUUGUCUGAUUACUUAAUUGGUUUCUAAUUCCGUGAGUGUGUAAGGAUUUGAGUGGGAGUUCUCUUCGGUUUGGUCCUGGUUUGAAAGUCCUAAUAUCAACUGUGACUAUUGUCAAUGUGUUUAGAAGUCAAUUAACAUUAUGAAUGUCAUGACACUGACCCUAACUUGGUUAGGACAAGAAGCAGUCAUGAUGAUGAUAUAUAGUUAAUCAAAGGUGCCUUUUAUUAUUUCAGUCAUGCAUCUUCUCUUUACUGUAGUGGAGAGUUUUUGGGUUGCAUUUCCUUUAACUUUGACAUGUGGGGUGAUUUGAUAUGUUCCCAUCUCUGCUUUGCAUACUUGCCGCUCUAAUGAAGAUGGCAAACAUGAAUGGAAUAUGGUGUAAACAUCAUCCAACCGAUGGCAUGCAUCCUUGCUAUGCUAUUUUUCUGUAGCUAUUAGAUUGUCUCCAUACUUAUCUAUCUAUCUCGAUCUCUUUAACCCUUACCCGUGUGGCUAUGAGUUAACUUCUAAUUUUUCUUUAUGCAUUGCUUUUAUUUCCCAAAGGCAAGGACUGCCACACCUUUAGCUUACUCUAACCACUGUUCUAAUUUAAUUUUAACAACUUAUUUUAGCAAUAUUAAGAUCAUCCUUCAUGUUAUCUGGGUAAGGGUCCUAACAGUAUACAGUUACACAUUUAUAUAUACUCCUAUUAAUUUCAUGUAACUCAAAAUAAAACAUGGCACCCAUGGCAUCAAUUUGCGAAAUAUCUUAUGAAAAAAAUUGAUGAUCUAUAAGGAGCGCGGUGUUAUAGUGUGUGUAAAUUAAUUAAUGAUUCUCGUAUUAAUGCUUCACAAGCAUAUGAUAUUUUUCAGUCACCUUUCCUGCAACACGUUCCAUUUUCUUGGCAUCCUUAUAGAUAAAAGGAACUGUUUGACAAAACAAUGAUGCAUGUUAGGAAAAAGAAAAAUAGAACUAAACAAAAGAAAAUGUUAAAUGAUAUGAAAGGGGACCUUUGAAAGCCAAUGUAUAACCAAUAUUACCCACAUUCUGAAUAUUUAUCAAACCUUGAAAGACAGUGAUGGAGUGACUACAGGGUCAGCUCAUGUUUAUCUUGAUAUAUAGGAAUUAAACAUAAUUCUUUAGCUUAUGAUUAAAUUGAGUUUAAAUGAAGUUCAACCAGUUAUAUUCAAGCUUGACCCUUAAUACUAACCUUAAUCUUCAUAAGUUGCAAUCAAAAUAUGAAGGGACUAGUUUAUGUUGAGAACUAGCUGUUGGCCAUUGAUUCAAUCAUCUGUAUGCUCCAACAAAAAAACCUGUCAAAUGUCAAAUUCUUCAAUAGAUCAGUAUUGUUACAUAUUGACUGUUAAUUCAAACUUGAACAUUUUAAAAACAAUUGCUCCCUCUAUGGAGGCUUGAUCCAAUUAUGCUGGUGUGCUGUAGUGUUUUUACUGCUGUUGGUUUACAGCUUUCCUUAUGCUUUUGUUUUACCUGGAUACAAAUAUGUUACUUUUAAUCAUAUAAUAUUGAUUGAACCCCUAGUUAUCAACUGUGAAUCACCGCUGCUAGUUUGAUGUUUUAGUUCUGUGUUUGGUUUGGAUUUUAUGGCUAUAGUUUUCAUUCUUCAUGACAAUAACAUUAUUAAGUACCCAUGUCAAACUUGAUAGAACUGGCUGUUAGUUCUGACUUGUAGGGGAAGCAAAACUUGAUAAUAGAUUCCUUGUGUCUGAAGAGAGACUUCAGUUAAAACUCUGAUGGAAUUGCUUAUAGUUAAUAUAAUGUUCAAAUCUGUAAAUGAAUCUUACUUGCAUGAGUAUCUGCGCUGAGGGAACAGUAAAUAGGAUGUGUUGGUUUACAUGUGCAAUUAAGGAUUUUGAGACUGUUCAAUUUGAUCUUGUAGAAUAAGAAAAAUUAAAAAGAAUGUUGUUUCAAGAACUUGUAUGUGCGAUUGACUCAAUACUUUGUGGGAAUUGAAGUUUGGUAGACCGCAUGUGCAUGGUAAUUUUCUCAUAAUACUUCUGAGGUUCAUUGCAUUAGUUUAUGUUUAGGCGGUUCUCUCAUUUCUUUUAAUUCCAGAUUUCACUAGUCAAACUCAUGUUUGAAUUGCCAAUGGUACUGUUAUUUAUUGGAUGGUUUCUUAUACUAUAUAUCCUGUCAUGAUAUUAUUCAAGCAUAUCUAUUCAAGGGUUGUAGAUUCCUUUUUUUCUUUCUUUUUAAGCUAUGAAUGCUUUUUUAUUUAUGAUUUUCAUUUUUCGGAAGACAUGUAUCUGCACAAUUAAAGUGGCUUGUAAACUCUAGUUACUUAGUGGUUUGUCAAACAAAUGGCUGGAAGAGGACACCUACCAUCGACAUUUGAGAGACGAUAUGCCCAGGCCCCAGGAAUGAUGCGGCGUCCAUUAUCUGGGAUGGGUCCUGCUGGUCAUCACCCUUUGGGAGUUUUUCCUCGUGAGCAUUUGGAGAGUGACAUGGCUAUUCAGGAGGAAGAAAUGGAACAGCUUGCUAGGGGGAACGAGAUACUAGCUGCCUCUCACGCGGCCAUGAGGCAAGAGCUUGUUGCUGUGCAGCAAGAAAUUGAAGCAGUUAAAGCACAUAUAAGAAGUACUGAAACUGAGAGUGAUAUCCAAAUUAGGGUUUUGCUUGAAAAGAGUGCAAAAAUGGAAGCUAAGAUGAGAGCUGUGGAUGGUCGUAAAAAAGAUCUGCAGCAGGCGCACAUGGAGGCGCGGAGCCUAGCGACAACUAGAGAAGAUUUAACUGCUCAAAUUCGACAGGCCACUGAUGAAUUGGAUAAAGCCAAUGCAGAUCUUAAAACUCUAUCAGAAAUGAAGGCUGAACUUGAUCGUAGUAGGGAAGAGCAUCAGAGGUUACGGACUACAUUUGAGCAUGAAAAACGCAUCAACAUGGAGAAAGUGGAGGAACUGCGAGCUGCAGAGAAAAAACUGGUGGGCAUGGCAAGAGAGGUGGAAAUGUUGCGUGCUGCAAUUUCAGAUGCUGAGAAUAGAGCACGCUCACCAAACCGCUACGGUAUGACAUACAAGCAUGGCGGUCCUCUUUAUCCACCUUCUAUACAAAACAGCGGUGCCUAUGGAUAUAGCGAUCGCUAUCGACGACAAGACGGUCAGAUGGGUAUUGGGGCUGCAUCAGAGGGAAUGAUCCCAUAUGCUGGUGGCAGCAGAGCAGCUGCUUCUGGUGGUGCCGGUGGUUCAACCGUACCCGGUGCUGGUGGGGCUUCCGCCUGGGGAGGAGCUUAUGAAGCCCCGCCCCACCCGUAGGUGAUGCUCUUAAUUGCUUCCAUUAGAGACUGUAGCUAGCCAUAGAUUCCUGCCUUUUGCCCAAACUUGCUAUUAGUAGAGUCUUCAUAGUUAGCCGGUUUUCCUAUAUAUGCAAAAAAUUUAUGCCCAUUUCAGCGAAAAAUCUUCUCUUGUAAAUUUUCUGUACAUGAUGCAUAUGGUUUAAUGUUUAUUAUCUA